UGGGUCACCGUACUUCAUCCUGCCUCGAUGCCCGAUGACGCCUGAGAUAGGCACAGGCUCGAGAAGUUCGAAUAAGCGGUAGAAAAUGAAUGAAUGAAUGAUUGAAUGAAUAAAUUUAAGUAAAUGCUUUUGCUCCCUGGUGCAUAUUUUCCCUCCAUAUCUUCCUAGAGUCAGCCUCAUCCAGCUGCUUCAUACUGGUGACAGAUGUGGCAAGAUCACACAUCUGCUGCAGCACAUCUGGUGCCGCUUAAAGAUGUUUCAACUUCAGUACCAGUAACUAGUUAUCUUCUCUUCACUGGAGACAUCUAAAGGGGUCUCCAGUGUGUUAAUGCACAAAAAGUUGUUUUCAAUAAAUACCCAAAAACAUCAUUACCUUUUGCUCGAACUCUGGUCUAGAAAAUCUUUGUUAUUUCCCUGCAAAUCCUCAGUUCCUGUUGAAGUAGCUUUUCAGACAAAUCAGCAAGCUGUACUCGACUCCCAGACUCCAGACCCAAAGGAGGACAAGCAAAUAUGUCAAUAUUUAUCACAUUCUCAGAGAUGUUUUCUUCUCUUCUUCACACAGGCCCAUACCAGCACCCCAGCUACAGUGGAGGAAGUGGAGGCCACGGUCACGAGUCCAUCUCCUGUUUCCGAUGCCGUAACGUGUGUAAAGGAGAAGUGGUGCGCGUGCAGAACGUCCACUUUCACGUCAAGUGUUUUACCUGCCAGGUGUGCGGCUGUGACCUCGCCUGUUCCGGAUUCUUCCAGCAGGCCGGUGAGUACAUCUGCACCGAGGACUACCAGCGGCUUUACGGCACUAAAUGUGACAGCUGCGGUGAAUUCAUCAGCGGGGAAGUGGUGUCAGCUCUGAACAGGGCGUACCACCCCAAGUGCUUCAUCUGCACCAUCUGCAGGAAGCCGUUCCCCAUCGGAGACAGGGUGACCUUCUGUGGGAAGAAGUGUGUGUGUCAGCAGUGUUCACACACACUCAUGAGCAGCAACGAGCCCGUCAAGAUCCACGGGCCGAGUCACUGUGCGGGCUGUAAGGAGGAGAUAACUCAGGGUCAGUCUCUCUUGGCUCUGGAGAAGCAGUGGCACGUCAGCUGUUUUAAGUGUCAAACCUGUGGUGUCGUCCUGACCGGAGAGUACAUCAGCAAAAAUGGGAUUCCAUACUGUGAGUCUGAUUACCACCGUCAGUUCGGCAUCAGGUGCGAGACAUGCAACAGAUACGUCAGCGGAAAAGUGUUGGAGGCCGGUGGAAAGCAUUAUCACCCUACGUGUGCUCGCUGUGCACGCUGCCAGAUGACGUUUGCUGAAGGAGAGGAGAUGUACCUGGCAGGUUCCGAGGUGUGGCACCCGACGUGUAAACAGGCUGCGAGGACAGAGAGGAAACUCAGGCUAAGACGAACCUCAGAGGCCUCUAUCUCUCCUCCUGGCUCCAGUAUAGGGUCUCCCAGCCGGGUCAUUUGUGCCAGAGUGGAGAAUGAGCUCCUCAGUUACAGAGCUCUGUCCUCAGUACCUAAACUUAGCAGUGUUUACAAUGAGUCGCGCCUCGAUCUCGUUCCUUACGCGGUGUAUCACAGACACUUCUCUGAGGACAGGCUAGAGCGUUACCGCUACAGGGAGUCUCUGGGAACUCUCUCUGUGUAUUCUCAGGAUAUCUACGACAGUUUGGACCUCAGACAUCGGCGUUCCUCCAGCCCGGGCUACAUCGACUCACCCACUUACAGCCGCCAGGGAACGUCUCCCGCCGUGCCGCGCUCUCCUCAGCUCUACUACCGAUACGGCCCCGACAGUGGCAGGAGUUCUCCGUGUUACGGUCGGCCCCACGCCAGGUCCAGCAUGUCCGCCAUGUACCAAGAGCCCAAGCAUUUUCACCUGCCAGCCAGCAGCGAGGCCAACAUCUACAGCAAGCCACCCAUCUAUAAGAGACACGCUGCGAAGAAUAAAACCAGUGAAGAAAUUCUGUCUUCUCCUUUUUCAUCACCGGAUCAUUUCCAGCACUAUUACAACUACGCUGGAUCACCGAAAGUUCCUCGAGCUCGCCGGUUCUCCUCAGGCGGAGAGGAAGACGGCUGGACUCAGAGCAUUAACAGAAUCCAGGCUGGAAUCGGGAGGAUGAUCCUGAAGGAAGAGAUGAAGGCCAGAUCUGGUUCCUAUGACAACGACCCCUGGGCCAGUGCACGGAACUCUCGCAGUGGCAGCAAAGAAACGCUGUCCGGUCUGGGAUACAGUAACAUUGUAAACGGCUCUCCCAGAUCGCAGUACAGCACAGACAGCGAUCCAUUCAUCUCAAAAUCAGCUUCAUUGCCAGGUUAUGGCAGAAACGGUCUAAACAGGCCCCACAGUGCAGAUUACUUCCACUAUGACAGCACCAAUGCAGUAAACUGGGGAUUUAGAGAAUACAAGAUUUAUCCGUAUCAGGAUCUUGUCAUCACCGUCCGUGGUCGUAACUCGCUGCCUGGUGACGUGGACAGGACGAGAUUAGAGAGACACUUGUCCCCUGAGGAGUUCCACCAGGUGUUCAGGAUGACGAUGGGCGACUUCGAGCGCUUGGCAUCGUGGAAACAAAACGAGUUAAAGAAGCAGGCGAGGCUGUUCUAGAAUCUCAGGACCAAUAAGCAGAGAGCUCUGGAAGGUCAAAGAUCUCACCAUGAGACAUGUUCCUUCAAACCGGACACGACGAAGCUUUCAUCUCCUCCACCGUGGACCGACCGACGAUCCGCUCACCUACAAACAUGACUAAAUGACUAAAACGCG